AUGUAGAAGCCACUGUGAGAGAUACUGUUGACUCGCGUGGUAGUCUGUGUUGUGGUCACUGAUUACGUCCCACCCAGCCACUCACAAUCUGUAGUGCCAGUCGUGUCUCGCUACUGAGGAGGCAUUACUGCACCUACAGCGCCUCUUACAUGGGAGAGGCGAGGGACAGAAGUGUUGAGAGUGCCAGUGGUGGCUAUGAGAGAUGAAAGACUAUGUGCUACUAGAACCUCGGAGAUGAGUCUGAGUUACCAGGAUUACUGCCGUUAUAGUGGAAGAUGAGUGAGGGUGCUACCUGCCCAGCGUCUCCUGCUUGACGGUGUCAUCACCUGCAUAUAGUCACUGCUGGCGUCUACUCCUCCUGCUUGAUGGUACCAUCUUCCUCAUAGUACCAAUAACGCCGACGCCGAAGACUCCUCUUGCUUAAUUGUACAAAUAUUGGAGAUCGCCAAUGCCACUUCUUCCUUUGCUUGGCUGCUGUGUUGUCACAUGCGUAACAGCAAUACAGUGGGCAACUCCUCUGCCAACAGUGAUUGUCACAUAAGCAAGAGAUACUGUUUAUGCAGAUAGUAUCAUCGUGAGGAUGAAGGAGCAGAGAGAAUAUCUGUUGCUGUUGUUGCUGUUGUUGCUGUUGUUGCUGUUGCUGAGGGAAAGCCAGGGCGUAGAGUGUCCGUGUCAGCGGGUGAUGCUGGCCAAGAUCCGGGUGGCGUUACCUGAUGAUGCCAUGAUGGCCACCAGGAGCGGCUUCAUCAACUGCUGUGUGGAGAGCUUCCUGGGUCACCCCGACCCUUCAGCUAGGGUCGUCUGGGCGUUCAAGGGGCAGACGUAUCCGUGGCCAGAGGAGACCAGCACCUUCAUGAGACAUUACUGUUCACCAGAAUCGCUGAAGUCCAACAGUGUGCUUCCUACCGACGAGGGUAACUACACUUGCACGGUCACAGCCUCUAAUGGUACCUCAGUUACCAAAACAAUGUAUCUGGAUAUACAAACCAAUCCGAACUACCGAGAGAAGCCGCAGGGUUCCGUCGCAUCCAGCGACGCCCUAGCCAUGGUAGGCUCGAAUGUGAGCUUCGUCUGCGGGGCCUUCGUAGGGCAUACCAACGACAGCUUCACGAAGCCCACCCAGACCUGGACAAAGCUAUAUCCAAAUGGCUCCGUCCACACCUUUGCUAAGCGCCUUCCCAACGUCACCAUCAGCAUUCAUCACACGAUGAAAGGUAUGCUGACCGGAUGCCUGAGCAUCAACCAAGUGGAAGCUGUACACUUCGGGACGUACAGAUGCGUUAUCUCCAACCACUACGGCAUCUACGACAGGAAUUUCACUCUUGUCGAAGGAGUACCAGAGUUGCAGGCGAUCACUGAGCAAUAUAAGAUGGCACUGGUGGUGAUAGCGGCUUUGGUGGCACUGGUGAUGGUGGCACUGUGUGUGUGGUGCCGCUGGAGACUCCAACUGGCGCUCUACUGCCGUCGCAACACUGCCAGCAUCAAAGAUGGUUGUCAGUACGACGUGUUUGUGGUGCACGGCGACUCAGCGUGUGGGUGGGUGUGGACCGUGCUGCUGCCAACACUGGAAGACGUGUACGGCUACACUUGCUUCCUUCCUCAACGUGACUUGUGUGGUGGUGAACAAAUAGCAGAGUCUAUCAUCACUGCCUUGUCACAGUGCCGUCGCAUCUUAGUGGUGGUGACCCCUUGUCUUCUGACCAGCAACUGGGCCACCUGGACCACCUACAGUGGCAUCCAUGCGGCCCUCACCUCCCCGGCCCGCAUCCUGGCACUCAGUCUGCAGGAAGCGACGAUGCAGUUGGAAUCUCCAGAGAGAAAUAACUUGCUGGGGAUCUUGAAGGUGGUUAGGAAGGUUCGUGUGCCUGCUGUGUGUGGCUGGCAGAUGGCAGAGAGCCAAAUGGUUGACACAAUCGGCAUCAGACUGGAGGAAAAACCCCGACGUUCCGAACUGAAACUAAAUAUUCCAGAGAUCAUGGUGGAAGGCUCUUGGUCUGACUCUCCGAAGAGCCAGCGACUGUCCAACAUGAUCACUGGGAGCAACGCCGCCUCCAGGGAGGACCUAGAGGUCGACAAGGAGAAGAAACAGGAGGUCAGAGGUCCGGUCAUCUACACAGAAGACGAGUACUAUGUCUUACCGGACCCGGGUUCGCCUUGUUCAGUCACGCCGUUCAUCCUGCCCUCUGACGACCGAACCCGCAAAGCUGCCACCAACGCCAUGACGUGUCAGUCAGUAAGCAGGUGCGUUCAGGUGACGUGUGUGGGGGAUCCGGAACACUUGUUCUGGCAGACAGUCCGUCUUCGUCUGGGGCCCCCAUCUGUGCACCAUCUGAGACCACCUGUGCACCACCUGGACACCACAACCUCCAGGGCCUGAAGGAUGAUACCCAUGUACAACAUCUUGCAAAGUUUUAAGAAAGAAACCCAUGAACAACCUACGAGGUUUCACGGAGGAAGCUCAUGUUGAAUCCCCUAAAAGGGUUCAGCAAGAAAACCCAUGUAAAACCUCCUGUGAAGCUUCAGUAAGGAAGCUCUUGUACAACCUCCCACAAAGCUUAUGGAGGGAAACCCAUAAACAACUUCCUACAAGCCUCCAGGGGAAAAACCUACAUACAACUUCCUACAAAGCUUCAGGGAAACCUGUAAACAAACUCCUACAAGGCUUCAGAGAAACUCACGUACAACCUCCUAGAAGGCUUCAUUGAGAAAAAUCCAUGAAUGGCCUACAAAGCUUUCUGGAGGGAAAACCCAUCUACAACAUUUGACAAAGCUGAAACCUUGUGGGAGGAAAUCCAUGUUGAUGUAUGAUCUGCUGAGUGUAUAUCAUGUAGCAUUUAUAUCAUAUUAAAAAUUUCGGAUGACAAGAGAUGAGUGACGAAAUUCAUAGAUAUACUAACCUCUUGUGUUCUAGUUGAAUUUAAGUGGCACCUGUGAUCAUCUCGUUUAAGAACAACAAGAUAAUAUAAACGAGGUGGCUAAAAUACUUUGACGGCCACAAACCACGGAAAGGAUAAGAGAGAACAACUUCAAAUUCAGAAGGGUAACAGAAACCUUGUUUUGCAUAUAACAGAGAUACAAUACACUAAGAAGGUGAGAAUGUAGUCAAUGUGCUCGAGAAACAGUGGGGCUACGAGCAUUUAGUGUUUACGAAAAAAAAAUAUCGAGUGCCUUCGGCUUAUUAUGCAGCCUGAGGCUGAUGAGUGUCAGUGUUGAAGUUGUUGCAAGAAACUGGUAUUCAAAUAUCUACAAGAAUAAACAUCAUAUGUGUUGUAACAUUUUUCCCUUCCUAGCAAGGACAUUAUGUUAUUUGCAUCACGAAUCUUGCAGAUCUUUCAAGGACUUUCGUGAGAAGAAAUUUAACCUUCAUCGUGUGUUGUUUAGAGUCCUGCCUCGAUCAAUGUAUUCUAUUGUGUCUCAGCAAUCGCGCUCUGACCUGUGUGAAUAAACUUAGAAAUAUUUACUCAGAAGUAACAAAAUAGUACAAGUUUGAGUACAAGGUAUGAUGAGUUAAAGUGUACGCAGUAUAGUUAACUCAAGUACAGGAUAUAGUGAGUUAGAGUACAAGGUAUAGUUAGUCAAGUACAGGAUAUGGUGAGUUAGAGUACAAGGUAUGGUUAAUAAUAACAAUAUCUUCAUUUACUACAAGUACAUGUACAAGGUAUACAAUCCUAGCUGACAUCAAUGACAUACUACUAUAUAGAAAGCCGCUUGUUAUGCAGAGCAUUUCGGGCAAAUUAGGUCAGUUUUAUUCCAGGAUGCGACCCACACCAGUCGACUAACUCCCAGGUACCCAUUUUACUGAUGGGGAACAUGUACAACCGGUGUAAAGAAACACGCAAAAUGUUUCUACCUUUGCCGGGAAUCGAACCCAGACACUCGCCGUGUGAAGCGAGAACUUUAGACACCAGGCCACGGGGCACCGGUUAGGUCAAGUACAGGAAAUGGUGAGUGAGAGUACAGAGUAUGGUUAGCCAAGUACAGGAAAUGGUGAGUUAGAGUACAAGGUAUGGUUAGGUCAUCAUGCUCGUAAAAUGCUGCCUUAACCUUAAUUCUGGAGACCCUAACUUACAACAUUCUAAAUCUAGUAGGUUAACAUGUAGUGUUAGUUGAACAAGGACGGAGCCCUUGAACAAUUGAACCCUUGAACAGUUGAACAAUUGAACAACCAUACUGUGCUUUUUCUUGUGAUCGAAAAAGGUAUAUCAUCUUCUGAUUCACUAUGGUUCCAUUUGGCAAAUAUUUGAAAACUAUCGUUGGUAUUACACUCUGUGGGGACAUCUGUCAAGUACCUGAGAUAACACCUGUGUUACUGACUUAAGCAAAAUACGUGAGUUUUUUAUGUUGAGUUUAAAUUUACAGUCAUUAAAGAAGUAAGUUUACUUAGGCACAGGUACACAUAAGUAUAGUUAUUAUACAUAGUGUACAUCACCUAGGACUGACUGACUUUAUUACGCUCAGAAAAUGAACAAGAGUAAAUGUUAAGUAGCUAUACAAAGGAGGGAGAGGGUGGGACCCAUGCAUACCAAUUAUAUACCUGUAGCCGGUUUCUAGGGUUUGUCUACCUUUGCAGCCGUUCGGCCUGAGACCAGACUUCCUUGGUGAUUGCCCUUUUAACUUGACUGUUGCUCUUGGUUGCCCGUUGGCCCACAUAGCUUUCACAGCCUGGCUGAUCUGGCACUUGGCCGAGGGAGUAGUCUGGUUUCCUCUAGAAGACAUCAACAUUUGCUCCGGUAAUAUUUCUGAUAUCUGCUGGUAGCAGGUUAAGAGUCUUUGACUGGGUUUAUUUUUCACUUCACUUCGUAACAUUUCACAAACGCCUUGAAAUUUUUGUUUCGCCCUACUUCUGCAGUAUAUUCAGCAAACAGGUGAUUGCUGAAAGGUAGUUACAGAAGUUAUCAAAUUUCAGACGCCCUGUUCCAUGAUAGUCAUUUCGAACCGAGCUUCAGACAAGCACAAAUUUGUGUCUACAAUAAUGUGGCAAAAAUCAUUCUGAACCUAACGAAAAAAAUAUAUUUUAUUGUGUUUGUUUAUUGUUAAAUUACUGUAAACUUAUCUAAAAUAUAUUUAGCUGGAUUAGGCUAAAUUAAAUUGUGCUUGUUAUAAUAAGGUUAGGUAAGCUUUCUAAGGUUCUCUGGCACAAAAUUUUUAAUUUUUACAUAAAUAUACACGAAAAAAAAUAUAUCUUUAAACGUAUAAGAGAAAGUUUUAGAAAGGACUUGAUUUUUAAUGAGUUCUUGCUAAUUAACGAAUUUUACCUAUUCAGUUUACCAUGUUCUAUUGUAUGGUCAGUCUGCCGAAGAAUGUUGAAUGUACAGAUAACCCGCACUUAAGAGACAUCGUUAAAGGUUCCGAUCUCCUUAGUGCAGGGUGCUGGUGCAUCGUUCCAGCCACGGUAUUAUCACUUAUUACUCUUUAUUGCUGGUGAGAUGCCGACACAAAAGAAUAAAACACGAAUUUACUGGUGAAGUUAACACUGGGACAACGCUCAGUGUUACUUUAAGCCAAACGUUGUCACAACAAAAGCUUGUUAUGCAUGUAUUUUUUUUUUUUACUGAAGAAUGUUAAUGAUUCUUUUGUCAUGUUCGAUAUUUAAUUGUAAAACCAUCAUGGAACUCCGUGUUUAUCAAGAACUGCAAGAAGCCAUAUCAUGUGCUUUUUAACAUCCUAUGGAGAGGGAACAUGGACACAGGGGUCGUCCCACAGCUGCUCCAAACAACAGACAUAGCCCCACUCCACAAAGGUGGCAGUACAGCAAUAGCAAAGAACUACAGACCGAUAGCACUAACAUCCUAUAAACCUCUUUGAAAGGGUUCUAAGAAGCAAGAUCGCCACCCAUUUAGAUACCCAUCAGUUAUACAACCCAGGGCAAUACGGAUUUAAAGCAGGUCGCUCUUGCCUGUCCCAACUACUGGACCACUAUUACAAGGUCCCAGAUGCUCUAUAAGACAAACAAAUCGCAGAUGAAUUAUACACAGACUUUGCAAAAGCCUUUGACAAGUGUGACCAUGGUGUAAUAGUGCACAAAAUGCGUGAUAAAGGAAUAACAGGAAAAGUUGGUAGAUGGAUCUAUAGUUUCCUGACAAAUAGAACAAAAAGAGCAGUAGUAAACAGAGUAAAGUCUGCGGCGGCUGCAGUGAAAAGCUCUGUUCCACAAGGCACAGUACUCGCUCCCAUCCAGUUCCUCAACCUCAUAUCUGACACAGACAGGGAUGUAAACCACAGCACCUAGUCUUCCUUUGCAGAUGACACCCGAAUUUGCAUGGCAGUGUUAUCCGUUGAACACACUGCAAGACUCCAGGCAGACAUCAACCAAAUCUUUAAGUGGGCCGCAGAUAGAAAUAUGAAGGUCAGUGAUGAGGAGUUUCAAUUACUUCGAUAUGGAAAACAUGAGGAAAUUAAAACUGUAUUGGAGUAUAAAACAAAUUCCAACUACACAAUAGAGCGAAAAAAAUUAAUGUAAAAGACUCGGGAGCCAUAAUGUCAGAGGAUCUCACUUUCAAGGACCAUAACACUGUAUCAAUCGCAUCUGCUAGAAAAAUGACAGGAUGGAUAAUAAGAACCUUCAAAACUAGGGAUGCCAAGCCCAUGAUGACACUCUUCAGGUCACUUGUUCUAUCUAGGCUGGAAUAUUGCUGCACACUAACAGCACAUUUCAAGGUAGAUGAAAUGCUGACCUAGAAAAUGUACAGAGAACCCUCAUGGCACACAAAACUGCGAUAAAACACCUCAAUUACUGGGAACGCCUAAAGUUCCUUAAACUGUACUCCCUAAAACGCAGGCGGGAGAGAUACAUGAUUAUAUACACUUGGAAAAUCCUAGAAGGACUAGUACCAAACUUGCACAUGAAAAUCACUCCGUAUGCAAGCAAAAGACUCGGUAGACGAUGCAACAUCACCCCAAUGAAAAGCAGAGACGUCACGAGUACACUGAAGACAACUCAAUAAGUGUCAGGGGCCCAAGACUGUUCAACUGCCUCCCAGCAUACAUAAGGGGGAUUACCAACAGACCCCUGGCUGUCUCCAAGAAAGCGUUGGGCAGGCUUCUAAAGUCAGUACCUGACCAACAGGGCUGUGGUUCGUACGUCGGGUUGUGUGCGACUAACAAUAACAACCUGGUUGAUCAGGUCCUGAUCCACCAUGAGACCUGGUCACAGACCGGGCCGCGGGGGCGUUGAUCCCCGAAACCCUCUCCAGGUAUACUCCAGGUAGUGAGGACAUCAUUCACUUAUACGAACUGACCUCUGUGAGCAGUUUAUUUAUGAAGAGUUCUAAACUUUUUGGGUAAUGUUUAGUGUUUUCCUAAAGGAUGCUAGAUGUUUAUAUUAUGUGUUGAUUAUCUUCGUCAUCGGUACGAAACAACGAUCUGAAAAUGUUUAGGUAACCGCCUGUAUCAACAGUACUCAAAAAUUUGAAAGAUUUCUUCUGGAUUUAUUAAAUAUUGAUUUGUCUCGUAUAUUAUUAACUACUUAUCUUUCGGUUUUUGACUGUUGGUCAAUCAGAGGAAUUUUUUAUUAUGAAUUAAAGUAACGAGUCUGAAUUACUAGGUACACAGGCCAGGAGCCAACAGUUACCGCUAUCCCGGACACUUUCAUGGGAUCCAAGAGUGACCUAGAACGAUGUUCUUGGUUUUAAGAACUCAUACUUGAAAUAAAAAAAAUGUAUAUACUCCUUCAGUGGGCCAUUAUUCAUAAUUACAAUCACUUGCAUUUUUUAUUUGCUCAGAGUGAGUGGCGGAGAAUGAAUCAGUCUAUGAUGCCUUGAGAAAGUAUGAACGGCCAAUGUUUAUCGCUUCAUUAAGAUAUGGAAUGCGUCUGAUAUCGUUCGAAUAGUGAAGUGUUUAUAGUUGUGUUCUGUGAAACGAAUUGAUUAUACAGUAGGAACUAAGUGGCAGAUUGUCUUUAUAGUCUGUGCUGUGAUAGUUGUGGUCUGUGCUCUGCUAGUUGUGGUCUGUGCUCUGCUAGUUGUGGUCUGUGCUCUGCUAGUUGUGGUCUGUGCUCUGCUAGCUGUGGUCUGUGCUCUGUUAGUUGUGGUCUGUGCUUUGCUAGAUGUGCUUGUAGGAGGGGGGACUCACUGAGUCGGGGCUUCUGAACAAUGUAUUCUUUCUUAAGUUUUAAGUAAGUUUAUUCAGGUAUACACAAAUACAGUUACAUAGAUUAUCAUACAUAGCAGCAUAUGUGUAGAGAACCUGGGAUAACCCAAAAAAAAGUCAGAGUGACCUAUUUCCAUUGGUGUCCUACAGUUCACCUGAACACUAACUUUAAGAGAACUUUAAUCCCUAAAAUAGGGAUUAAAAUAAAAUAAACUCUAUUUUAAGGCAUCGAAGUCUAACGACCAUUUAUCAUUGAGAAUUUAUUACCCACCUGGAAACACAGAGUCAGAAAAACUUGUGUCUUCAUAAGGGUUCUGGAGUCUCAUAUAUAGUGUUGUAUCUAUAUAAAUAUAUACUCACCGAGUUGUGUCUGCGGGGAGUUGAGUCCCAACUCCUGGCCCCGCCUCAUAAAGAUGGGGUAUAUAAGAUUUCGUACAUAUCAGUAAUUACUGCCAAUGUGAUUCUUUUAGAUGUAAAAUUUAUUUUUUAUAUAUAUAGUGUAAUUUUUAUGCCUCAGUGAAGUGAAAUUUAGAAUUAGAAAUUUAUAUAUAUUUAUAUUG